AUGAGGCAUCUAUCUAACAUCGACGAGGGAUCAUUCAAGGGGAAACGGUGGCGGUGGCCACUAUGCAUCAAGAAACGGACAAGCAUCCAUUUGGUUUUAGCCAUUGUUGAGUUGAUAUUGAAUGGCAAACCAAAGUGGACACAUCUUGUGGCCGAUCUCAAGGCUAGCAAGAAGAGGAACGAUGGCUCAAGCUCCCACCAAUCAAUUAGAUUGGACGGAGAAGAGGAAGAUGUUGUAGUGGAGAAUGGAAGAACCACUGUGCCAAAGGAUAACCGCCUCUUUGAUGAGUAUGCAAAGAAGUGGCUUGUGGGGAUGAAGAAGGAGAUCAACGAGUGUAGGGAGUACGAGGCGGUGAGGGCGGCUAUGGCAACAGUGGAACAGGAGGCAAGGAUGCAGCCGGAGCAGGAGGCAAUGAUGGCGGCGGAGCAGGCCGCAUGGAUGGAGGCGGACGAAGAGCAAGAAAAAUCAGAAGACGACAAAGACUCUGACCACAAUUCUGAUAACCCAGAUGGCCCCGAUACAUCUUCGUUUAGAGCAUUCAUGAUCUCAUUUUUGUCGCCAUCUAGCUCUUUUAACGAUUCAAGGGAGAUAAUCCCCGAGCAGAGCGAAGAAAUGGGAUACCCAACUUUAACACCAGUUGGGAAGACAAACAAGGGAAAGACAGGCUUGCUAAGCAGAGGGAAGCAUUCCAUUGGAAAAAUCAUUAAUAAAGCGGCUAGGAUGAGCGGUUUCAAACAAAGCUCAGAACCUAAAAUUGACAAAGAGGUGGUAAAUCAUGCCGAAUCAGUUGCACCUGCAUUGGAGCUCGAAGGACCAAAUGAAGUUAAUUCCCUGACCAACAUGCCAGUUAUGUCAGAGCCAUCUGUCCUUUUGUCAGAAACAAUGCGAUCCACUCUUUAUUCCUCUCUUCCUAUUCUGGCCCAAGGAAGGAGCUGGGUUUUGCUAUACAGCACAUUGAGGCAUGGAAUAUCUUUAUCUACUUUAUAUAGAAGGAGUUUGCUGUGCCCUGGUUACUCACUCCUGGUAGUUGGGGACAGAAAGGGGGCGGUUUUUGGUGGUCUAGUUGAGGCUCCAUUACAACCAACUAGCACAAAGAAGUAUCAGGGUACCAAUAACUGCUUUGUUUUCACUAAUUUACACAGCGAUCCUGCUAUAUACCGGCCAACAGGUGCCAAUAAGUAUUAUACUGUGUGCUCUGCUGACUAUUUGGCACUAGGAGGUGGAGGUCAUUUUGCACUUUAUCUAGACUCAGACCUUUUGAGUGGUUCAAGUUCAAAUUCGGAGACUUUUAACAACCAGUGCCUGUCACAUUCUCCAGACUUUGCAGUUAAAGACGUUGAGCUAUGGGGCUUCGUCUAUCCUUCAAGGUACGAAGAGAUGCUCAAGCUCUGCAGUACUGAGAAACCAGGGUGGAACAAGCUUACUGGUGGUUGUUCGAAUUACAGCGGCAAAUGUACUGCAUCAUUCUCAUGUCUUCACAAAAAUGAGACUGAUUCAUGGGAGUACGCGUGGAACAUAAAAAAUGAUUAG